AUGUGUAAUCAGUGUGUUACAAUUAAAUUGAAUUAUACAAAUUAUUCAAUUAUUCAAUUUAUUAUUCAUUAUAUCAAUGAUUAUUAUUAUUAUUUAAUUAAUUAUCAAAAAUAUUAUUUAAAAUCAUCGUCAUCGUUAUCAACAUCAACAUCAUCAUCAUCAUUAUGGUUAUUAUGGAAAUCAAAGAAUAUUUCAAAGAAACAAUGUUAUUUAAUAAAAAAUAAUAAAUUUAUUAAACAAGAAAAUUUUUAUUCAGUUUACAAUACUACUAAUAAAACGACUACUACUACUACUACUAAUACAAUUUGUAAUAAAUCAUUUAUAUGUUUAUGUAUUAUGAUGAUAUUUUGUGUUCAAAUGUCAAUUUCAUUGACAACAGGUGUAAAGAUAUCAGAUCAGUUUAUUGAUAGUAGUACCAGAGAUAAUAAUAAUAAUAAUAAUAAUGGAUAUGAAUUUAUGAAUAUUGAAUUGUUACGUCAUAUGGGUGAACAAACAUUAAGAACCGGUGGUGUAAUCACUCAAUUAUUUGAUGCAAUUGAAUUCUCUGUUGUACAUCAACGAUCUACCUCAUAUUUAAGUAUUCAAUAUUUUAUUGGUUAUAAUCGAUCAUUAUGGUUUACUGUAACACCAUGUACAAAUUUAUUGAAUCGUAUUGAAUUUGUUGGAUCAUCUGCUUAUAAUGAACCAUGGGAAGAAAGUAAAGAUUAUGGUUUACAGUUAUCGAAAUCUGAUAUAUAUUCUGUAAAUUGGCCUCAACAAAAAAUUCGUGUAGAACCAUUUCCAAGUGAAACAAAAUUACCAAAUUUCACUUUAAUUAAUCAAGGUGAUACUAUUCUAGGUUUAACACGUUCAAGAUUACAUUUUACACAAAUUAAAUAUAAAACAGAUAGUUUAAAUGUACGCUUAUAUGGUAAUAUUGGUGAUGCAUAUAAUGUACGUCUUAGUACACGUAGUUCACCAAAACAUGCUUUAGAUGGUUAUCCAGAAUUGGAUAAAACUUCAACUAUAUCUGUAUGUUUAGUACAAAAUACAAAUGAUACAUUAGACAUAUCAUGGAAAGGAGUAAUGCAUAAUUCAAUGCAAAUUAAUUAUUGUGUAGUUAUUAAUGCAAAUGAAAAUCUUUAUUAUGAAUGUACAGCAAUGUCAAGAUUGAAUCAAUUUUUUAAUUAUCAUACAAAUGAAAAAUUUGAACGACCUAAAAUAUUCCAAGAUACUGAUUAUUUAAGACCAAAAUUAAUUGAUAAUUAUGUAUAUAAAUGUGGUACAAAGUCAAUGAUAAGAAUUAGACUAACAUCAACAUUAAGUCAAAUAUUAAAUGAUUUACAUAGAAAUCAUUCACUAAAAUUAUUUAUUAAUGUUUAUGCAAUCAAUAAACGUAUGGAUAUUAGUACCGCAUAUCCGGUCAAAAUGAUACAAUAUUCAAUACAAAAUUGUCAAUCAAAACGUUAUAUUAAUAAUAUUAAAAUAAUCAAUAAAUUAUAUUAUAAUCAAUUUUAUUGGAAUUCUGAUGUUUUAUUUCAAAUGAAAUUCAAUGGGAAAUUAUUUCAAUUAUAUUAUCAACCAUGUCGUUUACCUGGUAAUAAAGCUAUAAAUUAUACAAUAACUUUAUUGAAGAAAAUCAAUUUACAGAAUUCUACUAUGACGACAUCAAAUUUACAAACACUAUGUGAAUAUCCAAUCAACAGUCAUCGAGUAUUGCGUAUGUGUUUAGAUUCUGGGGACGGAGUUUAUUACUUACAAUUAAAUGGCAAUCCUAAUUUUGAAAAUAAACAACCAGUGGGUAGAUAUUUUUUCUUGGGACCUAACACAACCAGCUUACUACCUCAGAAACCAAAAUACACAUAUUUUCCAACAGAUAUUUCAACUAUUAUUAAUCAACCAUCAAGUAAUCAAACUAUAUUUCAAAUUCCAUCACCAUUUUUACAACAACAUUUAAGACAUUAUCGUUUUACUAAUCAUCGUAUAAAACGUACUAAUUAUCAUCAAUUAUAUUUAAAUAAUAAAUUAAAAUCUAAACAAAUUAAUAAUUAUUUAAUGAAAACAAUUACUACAAUUUCAUUAAAUAAUAGUAAUAAUAAUAAUAAUUUUGUAAACAUUCCAAAUUUAUUAAAACGUCCAUUCAGAAAUAUUCCAAUGAAAAAUGGUUUUCAAAUUGGUGUUGAAUGUACAUCACAUCAAGUGUAUAUAAGUUUAAAAAUUCAUGUUAAUCCACAAAAUUAUUGGAUUUAUACAUUACCAGUAUUAAAUGAUCCAAUAAAUAAUAUAAAUUUAAUGUGGGAUUAUUUAAAUAAUAAUAUGACCGAUUAUUGUGAAUUUCCAAAGCAUAUAUUAUCUAAACAAAUUAAACAAACUAUAAAACCAAUUUAUUGUCAAACAACUCAAGGAAUGCAUUCACUUGAAUUAACUAUACCAGCAUAUCAUCGUAAUGAUUAUCCAAGAUUUUAUUUAAUAUUAAUUUAUGUAUCAAAUAAUGAUGAUAUUAAUGGAAAAUAUAAACAAUUAUUUGUACGUCAAUUAUUAGAUACAUGUAAUAUUAUAUCAAAUGGUUGUUAUCCUAAUGUACCAACCGAUUGUCGUCAAAAUUAUCCAAAAUAUUUACCAUUCACAUUUGAUCCAUUAUUGUCUAGUUCAGUAAUAUUAAAUUCAAAUUCAUCUAAUCAAAUACCUGUAUGUAUGAUAGAUGAAUAUUAAAUAAAUAUGUCUAUUGUUUAUUUAAUAUUUAAUUAUAGUUUAAUUAAAUUUUCUAUUUAAUUCUAAUUAAUCAUCCAUAGAAACGUUUAUGUAUUUAUUUCUCAUUUCUCAUUGAAUAUUCAUCGCAUUUAUAAAGUUUUCAAGUUUAUUUAAAGAAAAAUAAACAAAAACAAUACAAGUCAAAUAAAUAAUAACAAUGGAAUAUUUGUUCUUUUGUGAAGAACACAGACUUUUUUUUCUUUUUGAAAAGGCCUUUCACAGUAAAAAAAGAGAAGAAAAAGAAAAAAGAGACAGAUUCGAUCUAGAAUAUCAGACUGAGUAUAAACCAUCAGUUAAAUUGUCUAUUAUUAUUAUUAUCUUUUUUUUUUGGGUGGG